GGAAGAGAGUCACCAAUUUCUUCAUCUGACGUGAGAACAAUCGGUCUGACAAUGAGAUAUAUCAAGAUGCUCAUCAUGAUGCUUAUGGUGCACAUUGCAAUGAUCCAGUUCGUUGAGUCAGCUGUUGAUACCUUCAAUGGCGAGAAAAAAUCAGUGAAGGAAAAUGAAAGAAUGGACCCGACCGAUUUAAAAGAGGAAAAAGAUGGAGCAUUUUAUGCUAAUGCCCCUAAAAUAGGUCCCGAAGUUGAUGAUCAUCGUCCGAAUCCUGAUGACCCUCGACUACGCAUUCAACCUCCCAGUGGUGUCGGCAUUCCACAACCUCCCGUGCCACACGAUCGUCUUCCGAAAACUGGCGGCCUUCCCCCACCUCCCGUAUCUCGCAGUCGUCGUCCGAAUACUGGCGGCAUUCCACAACCUCCCGUGCCUCACGAUCGUCUUCCGAAAACUGGCGGCCUUCCCCCACCUCCCGUAUCUCGCGGUCGUCGUCCGAAAACUGGCGGCAUUCCUCAACCUCCCGUAUCUCACGGUCAUCUCGCAAAUGCGUGAGAUAUAUCCUAAACCUCCUGAUGUUGACGGCGAACGUGAAACGAG